AUGAGGACGUCGUCGAGAUUCGCCGGCGGUGGCGGCGGGCGGCACGGCCGGCACGCUAUGCCUCCGAGCAGCAGUCACGAGAAGUGGAGGAGGCAUCAGGCGGCGGGGAGCAGGGAGGUGCUGAGGAGGGCGUUGAUGCCGGCCGGCCGACGGCCCAGCCUCCGGUGGGUGAAUUUCCGGCCGACUCCUAGCCGCCUUUGCAAUAUGUCCAUGGCCGCGUAA